AUGCUGCACAGAUGUGUCUAUAUAUUGGUGGGACUUUGGGUCCUUGAGACCCUUGCAGCCCCCACUUUCCAGCAAAGAGGAUACAACGGCACCUGUCGAAGAACGACUGUUGCGAUUCUAGGUGGUGGCGUUGCUGGUAUAACGGCUGCUCAAGCCCUCUCGAAUCAAUCUGUCACGGACUUUCUCAUUGUUGAAUACAAUGGAGAUAUUGGUGGCCGGAUGACACAUACAACCUUUGGAAAGGACCCGGAUGGGAAUCCUUAUGUCGUGGAACUCGGAGCGAACUGGGUUCAAGGUUUAGGGAUUAAAGACGGACCGGAGAAUCCAAUCUGGACAGAAGCUAAAAGAUACAAUAUUUCUAAUGAGUAUUCUGACUACGAUUCCAUACUCACAUAUAACGAAACUGGAGCGGUGAAUUACACUAACCUCCUAGAUGAUUUUGAAGAUGCCUAUGCUGCCAUGGAGCAAGGCGCUGGCUAUAUCCUUGCCGACAAUCUUCAGGACCAAAGUACUCGCACAGGAUUAAGUCUAGCUGGAUGGAAACCUAAGAAGAAUAUGGCUGCCCAAGCUGUCGAGUGGUGGGAAUGGGAUUGGGAGACUUCAUACAGUCCUGAUGAGAGCUCACUGGUCUUUGGCAUUACCGGCUACAAUCUUACGUUUUAUCAGUUCUCUGAGGAGAAUAAUUUUGUGAUUGAUCAACGUGGAUUUAAUACCCUUAUCAAAGGAGUGGCCUCUACCUUCCUUCAACCGAAUGACACACGGCUUCUCCUCAAUACGGUCGUUACGGAUAUUGAGUACUCUGCAGAUAGUGUCACAGUUACCAUGGACGACGGAACUUGUAUUAGCGCCGACUACGCAAUAUGCACUUUCUCACUUGGGGUCUUACAGAACGAAGUAGUCACCUUUAAGCCGGAGCUUCCAGAUUGGAAACAAACAUCCAUCGAAACUUUCCAAAUGGGAACUUAUACCAAGAUCUUCCUCCAAUUCAACGAAACGUUCUGGGACCCCGAUACCCAAUUCUUCCUUUACGCAUCACCUACAACACGUGGGUAUUACCCCGUCUGGCAAUCUUUGGUCCCGGACGGUUUCAUACCCGGCUCUAACAUUAUUUUUGCCACCGUCGUUGGUCACGAGUCUUACCGCAUCGAGGCACAGGACGAUGAAACAACCAAAGCAGAAUUGAUGGAGGUUCUUCGUCAAAUGUUCCCUGGAGUAAAUAUUCCAGAGCCCACCGAUUUUAUGUAUCCUCGCUGGAGUCUCCAGCCAUGGUCAUAUGGUAGCUACUCCAACUGGCCCGUUGGAAUGACUCUUGAGAAUCACCAAAAUCUACGCGCAAAUGUGGAGAGAGUAUACUUUGCUGGAGAGCAUACCUCAGCGGAGUACUUUGGCUUUCUACAUGGUGCCUGGUUCGAGGGGAGAGAGGCGGGUGAGCGAAUAGCCGGAAUGAUCUCAAGAGAUUGUAUGAAUAUUGAUUCAGGUUGUGGGACCUAUACCAAUUACGAGAUUCUGCACGGAACGACAGCGCUGGAGGAGUACAAUGCAUCAAAUGGCUUUGUAGUGAGCAGCUUCUAUGUGGCAGGAUCUUAGGCUCUUCUACCUAUUUGAUUCCGCACCCAG